GGGAGGGGAGGAAGGGGGAGGGGGAGGAGAUUGGCAACAGAUGUUAGCUCACGGGCAAUCUUAAAGAAACAGCAAAGCAAACCUGGCUGAUUAGCACCGCCUUCUCCUUUCCAUUGACUGGACAGCCCUCAGCUUCCCACUUCCUUUACCACUCUCCCCAGAUACUACAAAAGCUGCUUAAAAGCCCUUUAGAAUAUGAAAGAGAUAAUAAAGUGUUGAAACCUGCACUUUUCAGAAAAAAGAUAGAGUGUUUUCUCCAAGAAACGCUAACUAACAGAACUUCUGGGAUGCACUUCAGGUAGUGGGAAAAAGGUCCCUGAUGGGCAGUCUUAGAAGCAAUAAGGAUCGAUGAAGAAGGAAAGCAAAAAUAUGGGCAUAAGCAGAAUUACCUGUAUAAAACCACCACCACAAUAACGUCUUUUUAAGAGAUAGAACAUAAUAAAAAGAGCACAUAAGUUGGGAGGGGAAGCUCCGAGUUAAAACGUUCUAAGGUUGUGGGAUUGUUUUGGGCGAGGGGCCAGAUGCUGACGCACAGGUUUGAUCGGUGCAGUGUGCCCGCUGAAAUGUUUAGGGAAACCAAACAAGGAAAGUAGGCGUUCAGCUUUUACCCACGGAGAGAGAACAAGGGACGUGAGAAAAAUACUCCAGCUUCCAAGGCUCGGGGAGGCCUCUCUUUCGGAGCGUGCGCCUGGUGUGUGGACUCCUGGGCCCGAGGGGCGGCCGAGGGGAGCAGGAGUAUGAAAGCCAGGCUCCCGGCCUCAGGUGAGGAUACCCCAGGGGACAACUCGCCCUCCAGAGUCCUCUGCAGGACCCGGGAACCUACUCCAGGCAGCCAUGGCCGAAUCGCCCCCUGCUUGGCCUCCUCCCUUCCUCCCUGCGUCUCCCCUGGUGGCUCUUCUUUAACACAACCCGGGCACAGCAGUCCGUGCCCUGGACCGAUGCGGAACUAGCCCCGGCCGAGGAACCCGGGCCCGGAGCGCGAGGCGAGGGCGUCGGGCAGAGCGGCCGCCGAGGGCGGUCCGUGUGGUGGCGGUUCUGCGGUUGGCUGUCGACGCCCAAGAGGAGGUGCCAGCCCCAGGCUCCGCCCCCCCUCCCACGCAUGCGCUCUGCUGGCCCUGGCUCCCGGGGCCCUGGGCUUGAGGAGGCGGGGCUGGAGCCGGCAGCCCGGCCUGUGAGGCCUGUGACCCUAGGGGUGCCCGUCGCUUCCAGUGUUCCGGUUGCCUCCCUCAUUCCUGGGACCAGCCUCGUCACCUCCGUCACAGAUCAGCACCCGCUGGCUGGCACGUCCUCUCAGAGAUGUAACUCCAGCUCCUGGAGGCCACCUCCAGGCUGGGCCAGUGCCAGCUGGGGGCUGAGCUCUGGUUCCAACUCCUCAGGGCCCCUUCUCCAGGUUCUAGCACCUGGCUUCUCAAAGGCCCGCCUUCUUCCCUCUGCUCCUCGGGAACACUAGCUGCUUCCUUCAGUUACUAAAUCUGCAUCCCUUUUUGCCUUUCAGUCCUCCAACACCCGUUCAACCAAUUCUCUCCACUAAAUUGUCUCUGCUAAAAUACAGGUGUGGUUUGUCUUCCUAACUGGACCCUAACUAUGAGAACUCUCCCUCCCCCAUUCUCCCAGAGGCUCAGGCUCACAGCAUUGCUGAGUUCCCUAGCAGGUUAAGAGAGAAAUCCAAAUGAUUUAAACUUAACUCUUAUUCAAGAUUACUGGUGAAAACAUCACUGCAAACAAAAUGAAAAAGCUCAAUAAUGAUUAAAAUUGCUUAUUGAGAGAAGUCACAUCAUCUUGACAAAAUUUUGAUCGACACAGUUUGGGGAAUUGAAGAGUUCCAUGCAGAGGGAUAACAGGAUGCGUGGCGGGCUUUUGAUGCGUGUUGGCUUCUUAGUGUCUAUUCACACUACUGCCAGGAAUGGCCUCCAUUCCACACCUCUGCCACUUUCAGUCCCUGAGAUUCAGAGACGGCUACUCUCCCCAGUGUGGGGGUGGGAGGGUAUUCAAUAACUCAGGGGGUGGGAGGGUGUUCUGUAACUCAGGCCUGGCUCCUUCCUCUAGGACUUACAGUUGGAAGCAUGUGAGGCGGUGCUUCUGCUGCCAUUUUGCCAUUGCGUGCAGCCUGAGAAUGAAGCCACCUUUUGGAGGAGAGUGGAACUAAGUGUGAGACCGAGACACUGGGCCUGGGUGAUCUCCAUCGAGCUUCUAUACCAAGCCACGCCUAAAACCAGCCUUAUACCAGUAAUUUUCCUUUGUGCUUAAGCCAGUUUGUGUCAUUUACAUCAAAAGAGUUCUACCAGAUGCAACAGAUUUCUCUAGAAGACAACAAGUGAAAGAUUUGAAGUCACUGCGAUGGUUCAGGCCUUAGGACAGUGGUAGAAAAUUGGAAAGGAAGAGGUAGAGUCAAGAGAUAUUUAAGAGGUAAACUCGGGAAGACUUGGUUUCUGAAUAAAUGCAUUCCAUGACAUGAGAGUCAUGGAAGCAUCCAAUGACAAAGACAGUGCUCAGAUUUGGGGAGUAUGGCCAAUUAUUAAUGGUAAAAUUACUGAGUUAGGAGUUAAACAUAGGAGAAGAAUGGUCGUAGAGUCUAAGAUGAAGAAUUCCAUUUUGGACAUGAGUGUGAGGUGCCCAUAGGUCACCCAAGGCAGUCUGGUCACACCAAAGCAACUGGGUGUGAGUCUGAAACUCAGAAGAGAGGUCGGGGUGGGUGGUGCUGAAGAGUUCUGAUCACACACAUGCAGAUCAAUUAGAAGCAUGACCAUGAAUGGAGAUUGUGUGGGGUGAGACUAGCCCUAGGCUGAAGGCAGCAUCCUAGGAAACAGAAAGGACAAACUGAGAAGUGGGAGCCCACUAAGGAGACCAAGAGAGGACUGACACAGGAGAUGGUCACAGGAGACAGCCAGGAGCACAAGCAAGGGAGCAGAACCCUCCAGGAGGCAGUGACUUGCUACAUGAUGUCACGGGCCACCUCGUUCCACCUAGGAAAGCAGAAUGAGUUCUUUCCUGAAUACGCUGGGACCGAUCAGUCCGAUUUUAAACAGUCCACGCCCCUGACUUCCCUUCAUCCAACUCUGCUUAGACCUUCUCCUCUUCCCGGCCACUAGCAGCUCCACUGAAAGAUGGAAGGCAAAAGAUACCGAGAUUGGGACUCUGGCCAGGGACAGGAAAGCUUUGGGAUUGCAUGUGGUACGCUGUUCUGCCUCUGUUGAUGAAGUGACUAGAUAAUGGCCGGGCAGAGGAGUUGAAUCACUUUGGUCACUGGGGCCGCAGGGAGGACCUCCAGAGUGGGGACGUGGGCCGCUCCUCCUGGGACUGGAGGCAGGAGCAGCAGGCCCGGCGCCAAUGGCAGGGCCUUCAGGCUGGGGUGGAGCUUUAGGCACGGAGGCGGCCUGGUCCCAGCGCAGCUGGCCUUGGUCAGGGCGGUGCGAGGAGGUGCUGAGCCCGCUGUCCUCCAGGACCGUCGCUCCGCGGCGGCCAGCGCGCCUGGCGCAGCCCCCAGGGGCGCUGGCCGAGCCUGGCUGGGGCGGGCCGCAGUUCCACCCGCCGGCUCCCCCUCCUCCCUCCGCGCCUCCCGCCUCCCUGUCGGGGCUCCGGCUCCGCGCUCGCCGGGCGCUCCGCCCUCCCGCUUCCCGCGACCUCAGUAGACGCGCUCGCGCUCGGCAGCAAGCUACGGCUGGUUUCCCAGCGGGCCGCCGGCCGGACCGCGGAGCCCGACGCCGCUCACCCCCGGGGGCCGCGCGCCGUCUGCGGCCAGGGGGGCCCUCUCGGCUCGAGCCCCCGCCCCGGCCGAGGGUCUCCUGUCACAGCCCGCCCGGGUCUGAUCCCGUGGGCCGGCGGCGUGCCUUCGCGCCGGGCGAUCGCCGGCUGUGUGCCGCUAGCUGGGGUAUGGGCGCGGGAGGAGUUCGCGCCCAAUGCAAGCUCGAGAUGCACCCCGCUCCACCCGCCCAUCGCAAUCCAGGGAUCGGCUGCCCCGCAUCGCCUCCUACAGCCACCGCAAGCCCCCCCCCCCCCCCCCCCCCCCCCCCCCCAUCCCCCCGCACAGCGACAAUCCUCAGUGGUGGCAAGCGGCCUUCUGGAAACUCGCAGAGGGAAAUUAAAACAAGCUUUACCUUACUCGAAGCGGUUUCUACAUAUAUACACUGUCUAAUUUCAUUUGCCAGCCAGGCAGGAGGGGAAGGCGGGCCCGGGAGCGAGGCGGCGCUGCUGGGGAAAGGCGUGCAGGGUCCCGGGGCAGAGCAGAGCGCACGCGCCGCGCAUCCGUCCAUGGUCCGGCCGGCCAGAGUGAGCAGCAGCUUGGAUCCCGGUGGCCGACACCAUCCCAUAGAGUAA